UUACCGCAGAGCUGGGCAGGCGCCGGGGCUCGCUGCGCGCUCGCGGCACCCACCAUGGCCUCCCGCAGCGCGGGCACCCUGCUGACCGAGUUCAAUGCCGCCUACGUGCCCCCCGGCCUCAUGCCCGGGUACCAAGGCCAUGUCCCCAGUGUGGCCUUCUCCUUUGGCUCCCCCUAUGGCACCGCCACCCUCAAGUACUUCCAGGACCACCGCAAUGCAGCCAUGGAGAAAAGCCACAGCACCUUCAGCCAGGGCGGCCACUUCCCAACCCUCUUCUCCCCCAGCCCCAGACUGGUGCUCUUGGAGCACGCGCAGGCCUGGGACCGCUGGCUGCACAUGCCCAGCUACACUCGCUUCAACCUGGACAGCCACCGCUCUGCCGAGCUCACUCGCUUCUACCAGACAGCACAGCAACAUCGGAAGUACUAUCGAGACAAGACCGGCACGGUGCCCCGCGUCCCCUACUUCGUGUUGCCUGUGAGGGAGCCUGACCGGUACCCCAUCCCCACCGACCUGCCUCCUCUGAGCCCGAAGCAGAAGUGGCACCUUUUCAGAGUGUCCCCUGAGAACCUGAAGACCUACCAGACCUUCCCAUCCGGCAAGAGGGUCUCUCCACAAGAGCGGCAGAAGAGAGACUGCUACUUUGAGUUCAGAGCAUGA